AUGAAUUUACAAAAUAAUUGUGAAUCAGAUGAAAAUUCAAUCAAUGCAACAAAUAAUUUUAACGAUCUAAUAAAUGCAACUACAACGAAAAAUUCUCCACAUCCAUCAAUAAAAGAAGAAUCCAUACCCAAAGAUGAAGAAUUUAUACAAAAUACUGAAAUAAAUGAAUUAGAACCAGUUUCAAAUGAAGAUGUUUCUGUUGUAACUCCAUUUUUAGUCAAACAUAUAAGUGAUCAAAAUUUAAUUCCCAGAGAUAAUUUUCAUAAAUACUGUUAUCGACAUAAUCCAGAAAUUACAUGUAAUAAAAGUACUGAUGAAUAUAAAAUGAAAAUAAUUCAACAAAAAUUAGAACAAUUACCAAAUAGAGAUCAAGAAGCUAUUUCUCACGUAUGGUCAAUUUUCAGUGCUGCACCAGUACAUCAUCGACAAUUAAUAUUACAAGGUAUAUUAACACAAUGUUGUUUCCCACAAUUAUCAUAUAUAUCACAAGAAGUAAGUCAAUUAAUUAAAAUAGAUUUUAUAACUACUUUACCACAAGAAUUAUCAUUAAAAAUAUUAUGUUAUUUAGAUUGUAAAAGUUUAUGUAAUGCUGCACAAGUUUCAAGAAAAUGGAAAAGUUUAGCUGAUGAUGAUAGAGUUUGGCAUCAUAUGUGUGAACAACAUAUUGAUAGAAAAUGCCCAAAUUGUGGUUGGGGAUUACCAUUAAUGCAUAUGAAACGUGCUAGAGAGAUGAUUACUGAAGAUGAAAAAGAUACAGAUUCACAACCACCUCCAAAGAAGAUAAAAACAGAAGUACCAAAAAAAGAAAUCAAGAAGAGACCAUGGAAAUCAGUCUAUUCAGAAAGAUAUCAAAUAGAAAAACGAUGGAGAAAUGGAUCUUAUGAAAUUAAAACAUUUAUUGGUCAUAGUGAUGGAGUUACAUGUUUAAAAUUUAAUAGAAAAUACUUAAUGACUGGUUCAUAUGAUACAACUAUAAAAAUUUGGAAAAUUGAUACUGGUGAAUGUAUAAGAACAUUAACUGGACAUACGAAAGGUGUUAGAUCUUUAGUAUUUGAUCAACAAAAGUUAAUUACUGGUGGUUUAGAUUCGACUAUUAAAGUUUGGAAUUAUCAUACUGGUCAUUGUAUUGCUACUUAUAGAGGUCAUGAUGAUGCUGUUGUACUGGUUGAUUUUUCAAAUAAACUGAUUGUUAGUGGAUCCGCUGAUCACACAGUUAGAGUCUGGCAUGUUGAUUCAAGAACUUGUUAUACAUUAAGAGGACAUACAGAUUGGGUCAAUUGUGUAAAGAUUUUUAAUAAUCUAAUAUUUUCAGCUUCUGAUGAUACAACAAUUCGAAUGUGGGAUUUAUCAAAUAAUCAAUGUUUAAAAAUAUUUGGUGGAAUUGAAACUAAUGGUCAUAUUGGACAAGUUCAAAGUGUUAUACCUUUUACUUAUAAAGAAGAAUUAAUUGAAGAUAAUUCAGAUGAAGAAGAUAUGACUGAAAAAUUGGUAUUGCCAACAGUUACAACAAAUGGAUAUCCAACACAUUUAUUAACUUCAUCAUUGGAUAAUACUAUUAAAUUAUGGGAUGUAUCAACUGGUAAAUGUAUACGUACACAAUUUGGUCAUAUUGAAGGUGUUUGGUCAAUUGCUGCAGAUACUUUUAGAAUUAUAAGUGGAGCCCAUGAUAAUUUAAUUAAAGUUUGGGAUUUACAAAAUGGUAAGUGUUUACAUACUUUUGGUAAUUACCUGAGUGUUUCAUGUGUUGAAUUAAGUGAUUCAAGAUUUGUAGCUGGUUUAGAACUGGGUGAUGUAAAAAUGUAUUGUUUUGAGUAG